AAAUUAACACUUUUUUUUGUAGAUACCAAUCCUUAUGGUCGUCCAUACAAGAAAUGGUGCUCCCCUCCCCCUCUACGAGUCAAGAGUCUCCGAUGUGCUCGGCUCCACCGUCUCCGGCUCUGUAUGUUGAAUGUGGUGGGAGCGGGCAGUCAACUCCCCGAAUUACCACUGUAAAGAGACCCGCAAAUAAUGACUCUACUGGAAAGGGCGAGGAGGUUCCGGCUUCGAGGCGGUGCUUGAUUCCUCCAGACGGGGCUUCAUCUUCAUCAUCAGCCGUCAGGGCUCGUCCUUUGAGGGACGCGGAAAUUGCCCGAAUCUUGAAUCAUGGCAGUGAAGAGGAUGCUGACAGCGAUGAUGAAGAUGAAGAUGAAGAUUUAGUUCAACCAGUGCAUCUGCUGAGGAGAACUGAAAGACUUUUUAUGUCUGAGGAAGACACUGAGGUGCCACCGAUAAACGCUGCUAUAGACUUUGAGUGGCCACCUCAACUUCCCUCCGGCCUGCAGCCCCAACCUAGCGCCCAGCCCGAGCCCGAACCCAACGCAGAGCCUGAACCCAGUGCCGACCCCGAAGCCAGCGCCGAGCCAUACAAUAAGUUUGAUUUUAAGUGGAGAGGGUUUUCAGAAUCUCAAAUUCCUCCUGAAUUGAGAAGGGAACCAUUCUCCGAAAUUAAUUGUGGUCCCACAGUUCCAUUGGCGAGCCCAUAUGAGGCAUUUACUGCUAUAUGGGAUCGCCAAAUAAUGGAACACAUUUCAAUGGAGACAAAUAGAUAUGCUCAGCAAGAGGUAACGGCCAUAAUUCAUCAGGGGCUACUUUUGCCAACCAGUCGUAUCACGCGAUGGCGGGAUACGAAUCCAGAUGAGCUGUACGUGUAUUUCGCAAUACUCCUAGCGACUGGAAUUAUUGUGAAAUCACGUGCAGACUCAUACUGGAAUACAGCCCAGGAUUUAUUAUCUUCUCCUGGGUUUUCAGCAACGAUGAGCUUUGACGUUACUUCUUGCUUUCUAAAUGUCUCCACUUCUGUAAUAAUGAUGACUGCAACCCACACACAAUGA